AAUCAACAAAAUGGCGUGAAAAAUGUCACAGGAUGUUUGUGUAUUCCAUGUAAAUAUUCUAAGUCAUCAUGACGGGGAAACUGGCAGUCGAAGACUGCAUGUGCCCAAUAUGUAUGAGUAUUCUGAUCGAGCCAGUGACUAUGCCUUGUACUCAUACUCUGUGUAUGCCGUGUUUCAAACAAAAUGUGGAGGAGGCCAGCUUGAGCUGUCCACUUUGCCGGACAAGGAUUUCUGUCUGGGCCAGACGAGCGACCAAAUCUGGAAACUUGGUUAACGAAAAGUUGUGGAAUGACAUAAAGAUCAGUUUUAGAGAAAAGGUUGAUAGGCGAUUGGCAGGGGAUGACGACGAUGACAAUGGAGUCUUUCUUCCAAUCAUCCAGCUUUCCAAUCCUGGAGAAAUAAGGAAAGAAUAUGAGGCUGAAAUUCAGAGGCUUGCAAAACAGAGAGAGGUAGAGAGACAAAAAGAGAUAGAAGCCAGUGAAGCACUCAUCAAGAAACUUCAAGAUGAAGAGAGAGAUAUGAUGGAAAACAAGCGGAAAGAGCAGCAAAAAAGACAGGAAGAAGAUGAAAAGCUGGCCAUGGAAUUGACAGAUGUCAUGGAGGAAGCAGGCACUGAUGCCCCAAUCAAUUUCCUAUUGGCCGAGUCUCGAUCAAGGUUAACAAGAUCUACAUCGGUAGUUACCUGCAGCAGUGGAAAUAGUGGACGGUCAAGCAGUCUUAGGCCGACGUCCACAAUUGAAUCAUUCAUUAGUAAGAUGAGAGAGGCAGAAAAGCUGAAGGAGGCAGACCGUAUCUCCAGUGCUUCAUCUGUACAAUAUCUACACAACACACCUGAUGAAGAUUUUUCAGAAAAAUCUGGAAAAUUUUUAAAGGUAGACAAACUGAAAGACACUGAUAGCAAAUCAAGUGAUUGUUCCCUUCCAUACAUGUGCAAUGAUCGAGAAAAAAGUGACAGUAGUACAAACAUGUCCGUUAAAAGUAAAUCUCGAACAAGUUCCUGGAAUUAUGGAUAUGUUGACUUACAUACAGAAAAUGAGGGAUUAUUUUCAGAUGAACUUUCACAAGAUUUGUCGAAACGUUCAUCUUCAAGUGCAACUGAUGGGCUUGUUUGUCUUGGUACAGAGAGCAGUGGUGCCAGUAGAUCAGUUAUCAUUUCACCGGACAUUGAAAUUAUCACAGACAAGCUUCAACAUGAGUUACUGGAAAAUUCCUCUCCAUCAUUAUCGAAAAAUGGUCGUGCAUCUUCAAAGGUGUCACGAGCAUCAAGUAUACAGAGUGUAGACAGUAUUACACAGGAACUUAACCACUUCAAACCUAUCAAUGUUUGUCCUGUGACACCACCAAGGAAACUGGCUAGUGGCAAAGUCAUUGAACCACCCUUGAUUCGGACCACCCCCAGGAACCUGAAUAAAACCAGCUUCAGUUCUCCAACAAAUAAUGAAUUGUCAUUGUCUGACCUAGAUGCAUGUAGUCCAAUUAUGCAAAGGCGAUUGUCAGAGCUUGAAGAGGAAAGGAAAAGCAAUGUCCGUAGAUUGUCAAAAUCCACUCUAACUGUCAAAAGGUUUGAUGAAGGUGGAACAAACGAAAACGAAUCUGAUGUGACGGGUGAUAGCGCGAAUAAAAACAACUCAGCAAAAGUUGAACACACACAGAAAGGGUACAAGAGAAAGGCUGUUGAUAUAGAUAAUAUGGACAUAAAGAUGUCCUCCAAUGAAGCUGGUACAGUAAGGAAACUUAUGAUUCCCCUUGAAUCAAACAUUGAUGACUCGAUGGAUUUCGACAUUCCACCACCGUUGUGUGAAAACAACAAUAUCAUCAAUAUGGACAGUGACAGUAGAAGCUCAUCUGGAUCAGCUUUGUUGAGGAAAAAACAAAAGAGAACUGGCAGAUUGAAGCAGGAAGACAACAUGUCACAAACACAAAAUAUAUGCAAAAAGGGGACAUUGGAAGAAAAACAAAGAUGUGAUUCAUUUAGCCCACAGCGAUCCAUUACUGACUGGGUUGUCAAGGGAGAUAAAUACUGUAGGGAUUCGGGACAGUCAUCCAGUUUCUUUAAGGAAACUUUGCGAACUACGUGUCUAGGAAGGGAUGAGGUUGAUGGAGAGUUCAACAGUAGAGUUGAAACUAAGUCAAAAGUCAGAACAAUUGAUCAUUUUAUGACUAAAGUAGACAAGGAAUGUAAGAAAUCCAAAACUGGUUACUCAAAACGAAAGCGAAAGACAAAUCAAAGUAAUGAUUAUGUAUGGCCAGAUUACAGUCCGAAGAAACGAGAUAAAGACAAAAUUUCUACAAACAUUGUACCUUGUUCAUCAUCAGAUUUUGAUACUAGUGAUUUAAUUAGCGAUCAGAGUGAUGAUGAGAUGAGUUCCAGCCCAGAGGCUCCAAUUUUAAAACAAACAAGAAAGAAGAGGUGUAUUUCAGAGAUUGAAAGUGAGAGAACAAAUUUCAAAAGAAGAAGAAUUGACGAAAUUUCCAAAAGAAAUAACACAAAAAAACUGAAAACUCUUAAGAAAACUGGCUCAAAUCUCACAAAUAGCAGUUUAAAGGGCAAAGCUAGUUUGAAAAAGAGUAAGAAAUCGCAAGAUUCUGUCCUAUCCAGUGGUAUUUGUAAUGUGACUGAUACAAAAUGUCUCAACCUCUCAGAGUGUAGUGUGUUGGAACCUGUAGGUGCAAACAUUGUUUGCAUGGAUUCUUCAAAGGAUUUGUUUGAUGUCUUUGAUUCAAGGGAAAAACAGGAAGAAAUGGAUAAAUUGUUAGCAUUAAAACUAUCAAAAGAAUAUGAAAUAGAAGCCAAGCUUGGAUUGGCUGCUUUCCGUUUUAAAGGGAGUGACAAUGAGUACAAGCUCAGACGCCCUCAACGUUCAAAACCAAAAACAUUUAUGAAUGCUUAUGAAACGUAGGAUUUUAGAAACGUUAAAUUAAUUAUGAUAUAUGUAAUAUGAUAUGUUACAUCUUUUAAAUUUUACCAGGACAUUGAACUUUUCAAUGAGUUACAUGUAAAAUGUUAAAUCUAAUAUGUAUCUUUUAUAACUAUCACUUGUUAUGUACAGUAUGUAAGACUCAUCAUCUUGCUUAUCUCCCUUGUUUUUACCUGCAAAUAAAACUGAAUACUAUAACACUCAAAAAUAAUAUUGGGUUCAAUCCAAAUGUUUUUCUCUUAGAAAAGGCUGAACAUAUGAAUACACACUUUGACCUCAGGUUGUAGGUCAUGCUUAUACUGUCUGUCCAUUGGUCUGUGUAUACAUAUCUUUGAUAUGUGGUCAUAGCUAGGUUAUAUAGAUAUAGUUUAAUAUUGUCCUUUGCAUAUUUAUUGAUUUGGCAGUUUGAUAUUUCAUGAACUUGUUCAUAAUAUGAAAAAUGAAAUAAAUGAUCUCAAAAACCUGGCUAUUCCUGUAAAAUAUCUAUCCAACAGGUGAAUUCAUGUUUGUUAUUUUAAAAGGGGAAUCACUGAUUGGUUUAGGUUAUUUUGCUCCACCUGCAUCCAUCAUAGAUAGAAUUUCUAUUCCUCAAGAUAAAUAUUUAUUUUACUGGAAUAUUUAUCUCUAUCUCUGCUGUGCUUCUAUAUACAUAUAUUGCUCAGCAAAUAAUAAGUACUAGAAUUGUAUUGGGUAAGAAUGUGAAUGCACCAUUAUGAUAAAAUUGCAAUUUUUUACAUGUAAAAAAAAAAUUAUGUCAUGAUACAGAGUUCAGAAGUUCAGUCUGUUAACACAGCGUACAGCUUUCUUUUAACCAUGCAGUUGAAGUAAAACAUAUCAACUACAUUUGUAGGUGUGUCCUUCAGAGUGUCACUCAGUUGUUAUAUCACCUUCGUAUCACAAUUAGUGCCAUAUUCACAAUUUACAAGAGAAAUACAUUAUUAAUAUACUAGCUGCAUUGUUGACACUUGGCAGUCCAGAUGAUAAACAUGAUUGAAUUUUUUUUAAUUGAUACUUUUAUAUCCGAUAUAUAAUUGUUACAACAUUUUAUGCAUGCAUCCAACUCUAGCAACAAGUAGCUACAAAGACAAAAAUAGAUAUUAAUUUUUGUUGAGGAUUGAGAUAAAAAGAUGCACAUGCGCAAGACUCAAUAUUAAACAAUUUUAUAUUAAAUUUAAAUUUUGUGUCAAUGAUCUUAAAAAUUGUAAAAGCUGAUGAUAUUUUAGGGCUAUGCUAUUUCAGGAAAAUAUCUUCCUUCAGGUUUAACUCCAGGUUCUUGAUUUCUUGUUUUCUUCCAUUGGAUAUAGAUUUUAAUGGUUUUAAUUAGUCUUCAGCAAAAGUUCUAAACAGAUUUUAGGUUUGAUUAUGAUACUUGUUUGAUAAAGAAGGAAUGAGAAUUAGGACAGCUCUUGGAAUGGGUCAUUUACCGUCAGUUUUCCUAUAAAAAUACUGCUAUACAUUUUUUGAAACUUCAUGGUGUCUUUCAGAAUAUUUAUGCAUAAUUAUGGCCCCUCGUGUCCUUUAGAACCCCUGGAUAAUUUUAAAUCAAAAGUUUUUUCCCAAAUAUGAAAUAUUUUUUGUUGAUAUACUUGUAUGUCACAUACAAAGAUUGUAAGGGACAUUAUAGUUUUUUCCUUAAUUUGUAAAUUUCGUAUCCUUGCAUAUAUUUACAAUUACAAAAAAAGAAAAAUAAGGAGUAUUUCAGUACAUGUCUAUUACUUCUAUGCAAAUUAUUACUUCAACUCCAAGAUUUGAGUGAUCCCUGAAAAGUGUAUUCCUUGUGAGUGAAUGAGUCAAAAUUGUGUGAUAUUGAAAAUCAUCGAAGGAGAAGGUCACAUGACCAUUAGUUUUCUGACAUUUUUGUCUAAACUGUUAAUUAUGAAUUCAUGAAAAUGCUUCUGGAGAUGAGAUGGAGGGAAACAUAGAAAUACAAUUCAUUUGACUAAAAUACCCAAUUGAAAAUACAUGUACACAUGUGCCAUUUUAAUUGAAAGUAGUUUUAUAUAUUAAAGUGAUACAUGUA